GGUACCUAUCCAAGACGCACGCGUCUUCGUAGGUCAGGGCAGUGUCCGUGAUAGCCACUCAGUGGAGCUCCACCGCGGCGAGCGUCUCGGCCCGUCAACAAGCACUUGAAGCAAGCCGGCAUGGCAGCCUUGUCCUGGGUGCUGGCGGUGUGCGCGGCGGGGCUGGCCGCGCUGUGGGCCUUGGCGGGGCUGGUGCGGUACGUGCGCUGGCGAGUGUACUGGCACGGCGUGCUGCAGCCCUUCGGCGGGCCGUGCGUGUCACUGCCCCUGAUCGGCACGCUGCACUACAUCAUCGGGCCCAUGGACACCAUCUUCGGGCGGGGCCGAGAGAUCCUCGCCCGGUACAGCGGCGGCCGCUGCCACUACGUGUCCUUCUGGCUGGGCGAGCGGCCCUUCCUGUUCGUCACGCGCCCCGAGGACGUCGAGUGCCUGCUCAGCUCCUGCAAGCACGUCGUCAAGCCCGAGAUCGUGUACGGCCUGGUCAGCCGCUUCUUCGGCAGGGGCCUCAUCACGAUCAACGGUGACGAAUGGCGGCACCACCGCCGCGUCCUGACGCCCGCCUUCCACUUCGCCGUGCUCGAGAAGUACUCGGGCAUCUUCACACGCCGCGCCGCGCACUUCGCGGCCCAGCUGACGCGCGACGGCCCCUCGGCCUCGGGGGAGAGCUUCGACUUCAUGCCGCUCGCCAGCACCUUCGUCACGGACACUGUCCUGGAGACGGCCUUCGGCCUCCAGGGUGGCGAGGAGCACGACGCCGUCGGCCGCAGGGAGUUCAUCCACGCCACGCAGAACGCCUUCCAGAUCAUUGCCGAUCGCAUCAUCAAGCCUUGGCUCAUGGUGGAGUCCCUGUUCCGGCUGUCUCCGCAGAGCAAGGUGCAGGACGAGUCGGACCGCGUCAUCAACAAGUACGCCCAGCUCGUCAUCGACCUCAAGCGGCGUCAGAUCGAGGAGCAGCGACGCGGCGCCGCGACGGACGCCGCUGACAUCACCGAUGAUGACGAGGACGGAGUCAGGAGGAAACUGACCUUCCUGGACCUGGUGCUGGGGCAGCAACAGGACGUCCUGUCUGACCAGGAGAUCCUCAAUGAGGUGCGCACCCUGAUCGCGGUGCAGCAGACGUCCGCGUCGACGCUCAGCUUCAUCGCGGUGUGCUUGGCCUUGCACCCGGACGUGCAGCAGCGCGCGCGAGAGGAGGUGCUCUCCGUCGACGCGGAGGAGGGCCUGACGCCGCUGGAGCGGCUCAACCGCCUCAAGUACGUGGAGCGGGUCAUCAAGGAGACCCUCAGGCUGUACCCCAUCACGCCCCUCUUGGCCAGGUCGCUGAGCGAGGAGCUGGUGCUGACCAACGCGCUCACCGCCAAAGGGCCGGGCCCCGCCACGCUGCCGGCGGGUCUGGCCGUCACGCUGUUCGUCUUCCAGACGCACCGCGACCCCAAGCACUGGCCGCAGCCGGAGCGCUUCGACCCGGACCGCUUCCUGCCCGAGCGCAGCGUGGGCCGCCACCCCUACGCCUACGUACCCUUCAGCGCGGGUCCGCGCAACUGCAUCGGCCAGCGCUACGCCAUGCUACAGAUGAAGGCCGUGGUGGCGGCCCUGCUGCGCACCGCGGUGCUCAGCCCGGGCAACGGCUGCGAGAAGCAGGAUGAGCUGGACCUCAACACCAACACGUUCCUCUACAUCAAGGGCGGCUUCAACGUCAAGCUCAGGAGGCUGCGCGAGCACGGCUGCUAGGUGUGGCCGCCGCGGUGCCGCGGUCAAGGAAGGUGUACGCCAGACCGUGUCUUGUCACAGGCUUCGGGAUGCUACGCCAGGUACGACAGUCCACGCCUGGCGUUCGCACCUAUCUUUGGCCUGCGGCGCUUCCUGCUUGCCUUCGGCAAGCCGUCACAGAAUUUUAUGUUGAAGCAAUGAAUGGAGCACUCCGUGAUGAAGAAUUCAAUAAGGGUUCAUGAUCGAAAAUAGCAAUAUUUGACUUGCAACAGCAACUCAUUGCAACCGAGGCCCUGCAAUGGCGCAAGACGAGUCCGUGGCACCCAUUGCCACGACUCAAAAAGUUGGGCUCGAGGACCCCUUUUCCGACCCCUCGUUCAAAGGGCUUGCCGAGACCUGCCAGCGAAUUUAUGAUAAUAUUAGCGUAUUUUGGUUCAAAUUUGGACACUAUACACAAAUUUGCGACGCCCCAACGGUGAAAGGGGGGCGGGGAUGUUCCAUUUCAGGGGGGCGUUGGCCCCUCCUGCACCCCACCGUCGAUGAAACCAGGAACCGUUGUUGCCGUGUAUACCUCGUGUUACCAUCGUUAAUUCUAACAAUUGCAAACAUGCGUCUGGUAAUGACUUGAAGUCAGUAAGGCAGCACAGCACACAGAAGUGUGUACUUCUUAUUGUUGUGUGUUACAAUGUUGGUACCUACUAGCGCCAUCUACCGACUACACCUGUAACCCUUUCCACUCUGUUCUCUGUAAUCCUCAUUCAUCUGGAAAUCAUUAAAGAGUUAACAUCACAGA